AUGGGUGAUCAGUGGCACACCGCCAAGGAUGACCUUCAAUGGAUGCACGGUCCCCGCGUCAACGCCACGCGGAUCAGGGCGUACAUUCUGUCAAUCGCGAGGCAGGAAGGUAUUGCAAAGGCCGAGGAGCUCGAGGAGCUGAAUCCCGACGUCCGUGUCCAGCCCCUAAGGGCGACAACCGUUUCGAUGCUGCUCAUGUGCAUCAAAGCGCUCCAGACAGCGUGCAAGGUCGAGGGGACGCUCUUCGGGGUGAAGGAGCUCCACAUCAUGUACGACAUCUCCGAGGUCCGCUCGGAGGUGCGCGCGAUGGUCAGAGAGAAGUGGCACAGGGACGACAGGGAUUGCGUCGACCGGCACCGCAGAACGCUCGGCGACACGUACACCACCGACCAGAUCCGCCACCUCAUGUUCAAGCACCUCUUUCAUGUUCAAAACGACAAGGCACAAAAAGAGCUGCUGGCUUCGUCUCAUUCUCGGAUCACAAAAGAGAUGUGGCGGACGAACAAGAUCUUCAUCACGCGCAACACCCACGCCGCCCGGGCAGGUGGGGCACAGGAGCUGGCCGACGAUGGAGUCCCGCGAUCUGACAUCGCCGACUUGGGCCACUGGGCGCUCGAGAAGCUUGCGAAGAGCUACAUCACGACCAUCCCGAAGGCGGCGGUGUUAAGAAAGGCCGGCUACACGGGCAAGUGCGGCGACUACCACCUCGACCGCAGCUUGGUGACGCCCGACCCCAAGGUGGUGGCCCUCAUCGCCCAGCAUAUCUUUCCCUGGGCUGAAGCGGAACUGGACAAGGCGGUAAGGUGCACCACCGCGAGAGAGCCCAACACGGCCGGGGUGCACUUCCUGCAAUCGCUCAUCGAGUUCGGCCGCCGAAUCGUCGCCGAGGAUCUGGCGGGCAUGCUGAUGCGCGAACCGUGGCACCCGUACGUCCACAGUUCCAAACUCUGCCGUGACCCCGACUUCCAAAAAUGGGCCAAGGACGUCAACCGGGUGGACCUCGAGACCAUCGCCACGCGCGGUACUCCGACCGAGAACCCCCAAGAGGUCGACCAGCUCACCAUGAUGCUGCACCACCAGAGAGAGGAUGCCGCGAUCGAGAAGCUUGGGAUGCAGAAGCAGCUGGAGGAGAAGGACGCGGAGAUCGCGAGGUUGAUGCAGGCUCUCAAGCUGGCCGAGGCACGGCCGACUGCGCCUGCACCGCCGACCACAAGGUCGAUGACCGCCGCCAAGAAGGCAGCGGCCGUCAAGAUCGAGAACAAACAGGACAACGACCUGACGUACGAGGUGAACGUCGUGCAUCCCUGGCGCACGUCCAAGACGGUCAAGGCUGCCUGGCGCUGGUGGAACAACCCGUCCAACUUCGACUCGCGUCCCUUGCGCGAACGUUACGAGGAGCACAGAUUCCUCGUCAGACACACGCGCAUGAUCUGCAAGGUCGAAAAGGGCGACAAACCCGCCGCGUCGGCGAAGUCGGCGAAGAGCUCUCGUGGCCGACAACCGCCAACCGACGGAUGUCCCACGACCGAGAGCGACGACGCCGCUGACACCGCCGCCGUCAUCAAGCUACUCGACCACCUGGGGCGAGCAGGCCUUUCCACUUUCAGCGACGCUCUCUUGGUCCUCCGUGCAACCCCGCCCAUCAAGGCCCCCACCACGGCCGACGGAAAGUCGGUCGCCAUCAAGGGUCUGGACAAGCCGCUGGCGAGGAAGCUCGCCGUUGCGUGGGGCAUGGUCACGGCGGGCUACAUGGACGCUGAGUGGGGAAAGAGGCUCUUCGGCGACUUGUGGGAGGAGCAGGCCAAGAAGGCCGGCUUCGAGGCCGAGGCGACGGCGGGAGCCACCGGCGCUGGGAAGCGCAAGAGGGCGGGCUGA